CCAGCCGGCAUCCUCACUUAACCUCAGCGCACAGAGCGCACAUAGCGCACAGAGCAUCAGCUAACAGGAGUGGAUGCAGAUUUACAGUUAACUGCCAAUAUUGCAUACAUUUCAUUUAUUAGAUCCAACACAAAAGUGCAACGCUAGUGAACUGUCUAAUUCAUUUGAAUCCACUUAGUGGUAAAAUAUUUUUUUUUUUGUCUGACUGCACAAACUUCAAACGGAGAUGCGGUUAAUAAUUAAUUUGCAAGCUCUGGAACGAGCUUUUCUUAUGUUUUUUGUGAUCACCACCAUCAUCAACGCCGUGGAAGGACAGACCGUCACGUGUGGCACCAAGCACUUUCAGUGUGGCAAUGGCAAGUGCAUCCCUCUGAGGUGGGCAUGUGACGGCACGGACGACUGUGGUGACGGCACUGACGAGCUGCCAGCUGUUUGCAUGGCCAAGACGUGCCGGUCGACAGAGUUCAGCUGCGGUGGGCGGCUCAACCAGUGCGUGCCCAACCUGUGGAAAUGCGACGGCAAAGCCGACUGUGAGAACGCUGCUGACGAGGAAGGAUGUGCUCCAAAGCAGUGCACCAACGGCGAGUUCCGUUGCGCCAGCGGCCAGUGCGUGUCGGCGUCCUUCGUGUGCGACGAGGAGGCCGACUGCGACGACGGCAGCGACGAGGUGUCCUGCCCGACCGCCACCUGCAGCUCCAUCUCCUUCCGCUGCAGCAACUCGCAGUGCGUGCCGCGCCUGUGGGCCUGCGACGGCGAUGCCGACUGCACCGACGGCUCGGACGAGGCCCCCGCCACCUGCGGCACGCAGACCAAGCCGCCGCCGGCCCGGGCCUGCACCGCCCAGGAGUUCCACUGCGGCAGCGGCGAGUGCGUCCACAAGAGCUGGAGGUGCGACGGCGGAGACGACUGCCUGGACCGCUCGGACGAGAGCAACUGCACACGCACCACCUGCCGCCCAGACGAGUUCCAGUGCGGAGAUGGAACCUGCAUCCAUGGCAGCCGCCAGUGUAACCACGUCUAUGACUGCAAGGACAUGAGUGAUGAGAUGGGCUGUGUCAAUGUCUCCCACUGUGUGGCACCAUCCAGGUUCAAGUGCCGCAGCGGGGAGUGCAUCACCAUGGAGAAGGUGUGCGACAAGAAGCGCGACUGCAGGGACUGGUCCGACGAGCCGCUCCGAGAGUGCGAUACUAAUGAGUGCCUGUACAACAAUGGCGGGUGCUCACACAUUUGCAACGACCUGAAGAUUGGAUACGAAUGUAUGUGUCCCACUGGUUUCCGUCUAGUGGACAAGAAACGCUGUGAAGACAUCGAUGAAUGUGCCAACCCAGAUGUGUGCAGCCAGAUUUGCAUCAACCUGGUCGGUAGCUACAAGUGUGAAUGUAAAGAGGGCUAUCAGAUUGACCCCUCCACCAAAGCCUGCAAAGCUACUGGUACGGUGGCCUACCUGUUCUUUACCAAUCGCCAUGAGGUGAGGAAGAUGACACUGGACCGCAGCGAGUAUGUACGUGUCAUCCCUCGGCUGAAGAACGUGGUGGCUCUGGAUAUGAAUGUGGCCUCCAAGGAGAUCUUCUGGUCUGACAUCUCCCAGAAGAAGAUCUACAAAACCUCCAUGGACACAGCCUCGGACCCCUCUAAACAAAGUGUGGUCAUUGGCGAAGGUAUCGAUGCGCCUGAAGGCAUUGCUGUGGACUGGGUCCAUAAGACCAUCUACUGGACCGACAGCCUCCGUGGCUCCAUCUCCGUGGCGACAGUUGAUGGAAGUCGGCGAAAAACCCUCUUCAAGGAGGGCCUGGCCAAGCCUCGUGCCAUUGUGGUGGAUCCAAUUCGCAACUUUAUGUACUGGACUGACUGGGGGAAUCCUGCACGGAUUGAGAAGGCAGGCUUGAAUGGAGGGGACCGCAGUGACCUGGUGGUGGAUGACAUAGUGUGGCCCAAUGGCAUCACCCUUGACCUGCUGAACCAGCGUCUGUACUGGGUGGACUCAAAGCUCCACACCCUCUCCAGUAUUGAUGUCCAGGGAGGUGGCCGUCGCACCCUCAUCAUAGACAAGCAGAGGCUGGCCCAUCCCCUCAGCGUCGCUGUGUUUGAGGAGAAAGUCUUCUGGACAGAUGUCAGCCAGAACGCCAUCCUGAGUGCCAACCGUGUCACAGGCAGGGACAUCACUCCAGUGGCAGAACACCUGACAUCACCUGAGGAUGUCGUGCUGUACCAUAACCUCAAGCAACCCACUGGUAUUGAUUGGUGCCGAGGGAGCAAUGGAGGCUGUGAGUUCCUGUGUCUAGCCGCUCCACAGGUGUCCAGAUACUCUCCAAAGUAUACCUGUGCCUGUCCUGACCACAUGGUUCUGGCUAGAGACAUGAGAAAGUGUGUUCCAGCUCCAGUGACUGUACCACCUCCCGUUGAGCCCAAAGUUCCUGUGCCACCUCCCGUUGAGCCCAAAGUUCCUGUGCCACCUCCUGUGCAGCCCAAAGUUCCAGCCACCAGUCGUGCACCAACUCCUCCCAAAACCACAUCUCAACCUCGCGCUCCCAUCUCCACCAAGGAACCUUCCAAUGCCAGAACCACUGCCCAGCCUGCGCCUCCAGCCAGACCCACCCAGCCAGAGAGACCAAAAGUCCCUGAGACUACUGCAGAGGUCCCUGCCACCACUCAACCAGACAGACCAAAUGGUGUGGCGGUAGUCGUUCCAGAGAAAGCUCCCUCAAAUUCCAUGACCCUCUACAUCGCAAUGCCGAUAGCACUUGUAUGUCUGGUGGCCUUUGGCGUCGGGGCCAUGUACCUGUGGAGACACUGGAAGCGGAAGAACACCAACACCAUUCACUUUGACAACCCUGUGUACCAGAAGACUACGGAAGACCAAGUCCACAUAUGCCGAAACAAUUCAGACGGCUACAUUUAUCCUGUGCGCCAGGUAGUCAGCCUGGAAGACGAGAUGCCUUGAUGUCUGCAUUGGUGACCAUGUCUGUCAGUGGAAAUGAGGCGGGAUGAAGACCAAAGGCGUGAUUUAUAUGGAGGCUCUUGGAGGUCCAAGUUUCGUGGAAAGAGGGAACAACAUAUCCAGUUUUUUUGCAGACCCACCAUGACCAAAAUACUGUGAACAUUACUUUAGGAUGACAGCCAUAAAUUACCCCUACAGGGUACUUGGGGCAGGGCCUUAGGUCAAUGUAGCAGUCCCUGAUUGAUAGGACAGGGCCUAUUGUGUCCCCAUGGGGACAUUAAAGCAAAUUGUAUCGUUCCAUGUUCCAAUGUUCCGUCCCCCUCAGACCUCAAAUGUUCAUGGUUCUAGAUUUUUUUGUUUAAUGCACAAAUCAGUGGGAAGCUGUGUGUGUGUGUGUGUGUGUGUGUGUGUGUGUGUGUGUGUGUGUGUGUGUGUGUGUGUGUGUGUGUGUGUGUGUGUGUGUGUGUGUGUGUGUGUGUGUGUUACUAUGAAACCACCUUCACAAGGAGCCCCUUGAAAGCCCUGUAGUAGUUCCCUGAGAAGUGAGAAGAGAAUGUAGACCAUGCAUAUGCGUCCAGUACACCUGGAAUGUUUUUGUGUGCCUCUUAGAGUGUAUUGUGCACUACCUCUACCUUACGAAAGCAAGGUCUUGAACUGCCUCAAGCCAGAUAUAGUUGUAUAUGUAAAAUACAAACCACAUGAAACACAUAAAAGCGAACUAGUUUGAAUGUUUUUCAAUGGCUAGCUAGAUCCAGCUCACAAGCUAAACUGACAAAUAGGCUUUACUGGAUUUUUACUUGCUUCAACAAAACAAAGUGCCAAUAAGCUAUUCUGUCUGUGCCUUGAUUUCAAUGCAGUUUACUUCGGCUAGGGAGCAUUCCACCUUUUGUGUUCUAUUUAAUGUAUAGCAUUGUCUGUGGAGUGCUGGUAAGGAUAGUUCAAAUGCAGGUCAAUGCAGUGUUUUAAGUGAUGCUAGUCUGCGUUUUGUGUUUGUGCAAUCUAAUUGUUUAGAUGGUCCAGUGUCUCAGGUGGUCCAUCCACACCAUGCUUAAAUCUAAAGUUGAACUCACUAGUUCCUACUUGUUCUGAUCUUUUUACCGUUUGGUUGAUAGGGAGAUGUAUCAAUAUGUUCGUUUUUGAUUGAGUGUGCUUUUAGACAAAGCAAUAACGUUCCUUAAAUUCGAAAAAUCAUAGCAUAGUUAUGCUUGUUUUUUCAUCUGGCAUAAUGCAAUGAAACUGAGCACUUAAUUCUAUUGCAUGACAUAUGUAUCUGAUUUGCCAAAUGCAGAAAAUCACAGUGUUGUGAAGCUUAACCUCCAUAAAUCUCCAGUUAUACUACAUUACAAGAUGCCCACGGCGCUGUCUGUUCAUGACAGCGGCCAGAAAGUGUGAAAAGUGUUGCAAGCAUUGGUUUGUGGGAUUGUGAGAGAGGGCAGGAUGUCCAUAGUCUGUAAAUGCUUUACUCUCACCAUUUUGGUGUUUUGGUGAGAAGUUUUGUACAUAUAUUUUGUGGCCAAAAGGGAGUGCCAAAACCAUUUCACUUUUUUAACCAGCUGUAGAUACCGGUAAUUAUUGUCAACCUUCAGAUUACACUUAUUUUUCUGUGUAUUUGUAAAUAUUUUUUUCUGUAAAUACUUACAAAUGUUUGUAUUUCAUCCUUGUCCCCAUGUUGUACAUUGAAAACAUGCUUUAUGAACAAAAAUGCCUUGUAUAUAUUUAUUUGAAAACACAGACUGUAUAAAAAUAGGUCCAAAUUGGCUAAUGGCAUUUCCAUCAUCUUCUAAUUGGAAUUUAAGAACAGUCGUUAAGAUAAAUCAUGACAAUGUUAAAGAAUCUUGUAAUCACUGUUGUUUUUGUAAAAUCACUUUUAUAAACGGUCAUAAACAUAAUUUGUGAAAUACCUCCAUGUUGUACUUUCAUAUUACUGAAAAACAAAAUCUGCUACAGUUUACCCUCAGUUGUUUACACAGAAAACUAUCCAAGCAAAUUCUGAUUAAAUGAUACAUUUCAGUGAAGGCAUUAUUUUCUACAGUGCUCUCUCAUCUGUCUGUAAAUCAUACCAGGAGUUGAUAUUUAUGUCACAUAUUGGUCAGACUAACAUUGUAAAUACAUAAAUUCCAAGUGUGUUUGUGAAAUCAGAAACCAUAAAGGUGUAUGAUGUAAAACUAUUAAACAUUGUGUUCAAAAUA